UUGGUCGCUAGUUUUCAGGACAACAAUACUCUAGUAUUGAAUCCAGAGGGUUCCCCUGCGCGGAGUUUAUGGGCACUUUAAAUUAACAGGUUGCUUCAGAUGCUGAAAAUCUGAAAUAAAAGAAAAUACUGGAAAUACCCAGAAGAAGGGGCAAGAAGACUGAAGCAAUUUGUAAUUCAAGGAGGCCCAAUGUGGAGAGUUGUAGUAACUGGACCCCCUGCACUUCAGAUGACAUCAUGUCUUACUACAAUGAUGAGCCUCGAUACACCAUUGAACAAAUUGAUCUUCUCCAACGCCUGCGCCGAUCAGGAAUGACUAAACACGAAAUAAUUCAUGCACUUGAAACGAUGGAACGGCUUGACCAGGAGCAAAAUGAGAAGUUUGUUAGGCGACCCAACUACAGUAGUAACUACGGCAACAAUGUUUCUGCAUCCUCUUCAACUGCUUCUGCUGCUACACAAACUCAAAGUAUUGCGCAAUCACCUUCACCUAGUAAUAGCUAUGACACAUCACCUCCACCCUACAAUACAAGCCACACUGGACGAGAAAGCAUGGCAAGUGAAAGACUUGUUGCCAGCGGAACGCUAUCUCCGCGGUACCAGAACAGUGGCAGUCAGAGGUCAUAUAGUUUUGACACAGGAGAUGAUGAUGCAGACUUGGAGGAGAAAGUGGAGGAGUACAUGAGAAGAGACAGCAAUGCAGUAAAAGAAGAAAUCAAAGCAUUUUUAGCCAAUCGGAGGAUUUCUCAGGCAGUUGUUGGGCAAGUCACAGGUAUUAGCCAAAGCUAUAUAUCUCAAUGGCUGUUGCAGCAGGGUCUUGAUAUGAGUGAGCCCAAGAAGAGGGCAUUUUAUAGGUGGUAUCUUCUAGAAAAAAAUAGUCCAGGUGCUACUUUAAGUAUGAGGCCAGUUUCAACCACAACAACAGAAGAUCCUGAGUGGCGAUCAAAUGUCAGUCCGGUGACUGGAAACUUUCGUCUCAGAAGAGGAAGUAGAUUUACUUGGCGCAAAGAGUGCCUGUCUGUCAUGGAAAGUUAUUUUGGUGAAAAUCAGUAUCCUGAUGAGGCAAAGCGUGAGGAAAUUGCAAAUGCUUGCAAUACAGUCAUACAAAAACCAGGUAAAAAACUAUCAGAGUUUGAACGAGUUACUCCUCUGAAAGUGUAUAACUGGUUUGCCAAUCGUCGGAAGGAGAUGAAGAGAAGAGCAAACAUAGAAGCAGCAAUCCUGGAGAGUCAUGGGAUUGACGUGCAGAGUCCUGGUGGACAUUCCAAUAGUGACGACAUUGAGGUCAACGACUACUGUGAGCAAGAUGAAAAUACUUGUCAUAGUGACCAUCAGCAAGAUCCCAUCUCAUUGGCUGUCGAAAUGGCAGCUGUCAAUCAUUCAGUCCUAGCUUUGGCCGGCCAGGGUGGAAGUGAGAUCAAGACAGAAGCAAUCGACGAUGAUUGAACGUAAGGCUGAAGGCAAUCAGGAUUAUAUAAUGUUAUAGACUAUAGCCACCUUCUUCCCUAUUAUAUGUACUGUUCUGCAACAGACUAUUAGAUGUAUAUUUAUCAUUUGGUUGUUCGCUGUGUGUUAAAUUGAAAGAAAAGUUCUCAUUUUUUUAUAGCUGCCAAUGUGAUCAUCUCAUAUUAACAUAUCAGUGAAUAGAAGUUGUCAGGUGUGACUAGUGCUAAGGUUUGCUGACGGCUAACUGUGAACUCAAAAAGGAAACUUUUUUAAUGUAUUACUGCACAUUACUCAAUACAGUUGAAACUAUUAGCUGAAGGCAAAAUAAAAGCAUUUUCUAUUUUCUAAAUUUUACAUAGCUAGUUUUUUAUUAGUGAGGUACGAACAAAAAGUCAAACCAGACUAAACUGGCCCGAAGUCAAAAGUUAUAAGGGCCCAGAAUACACACACUGCAGUUUCUUCAAGGUUCCAGCUUCUGGAAACUGAGAAACAUAUGGCUCCAUAUGUCCCAUGCUAGAUUUUGGACUGGGUGUUUCAGAUUGGUCAUUGUUCGUUGGCCCCUACUUUCCAGCCUGUUUUUAAAAUCAGAGCUAGGGUAGUUAUCAUACAGUCAAGUCCUAUAUAGCCAUUCCCUGGUCAAAUCACUUCCUUUCCAUUCUAUUUUUACUUUAAAUAAAAAUCCAUUUAAUUGUGGAAGAUUUGGUUGCACUUCAGCUUGCAGGCGUCCUCUGGAUGAGCUUUUAACCGCCUCUUCAUGUCUAUUUGUGCUUGCAAUUAAAUGAUGACAUUUAUAGUAACCAAACAUUACAUUUUGGAAUUUGCAUCAUAGGUUAAAGAGGAACAAAAUGUUUGGAUCUGACAGACCUUUUGAAAGGGAUAAUUUUGCCAAUUUCCACUCCCCAGAAGCAAGGUUCUAUUUAAUGACAGUGAAAAGCUAUUCACUGUUGCAAUGAUCUCAUGAAUGUAAUAGUCAUAUUCCCUAUAAUUAAGGUCUGUAACUGCAGUACCAUUUUUUGAGGUUUUUGUUGUAUUUAGAGAGUUAUAAACAUUAAUCCAGUAUCCAGUUUGAUGUCAAGAAAAGUUCUCUUACUUGAUUUAUCAAGAGGAUAGAACAAGCAAUGACAGUGUGAAGUGUUCAGAAACUAUUUGCUGAAGGUCUCCCCAUAGCUAGAAGAAUUUUCUCAAUGCCAUAGAGGUUUCAUUAUAGCGAAUACUAGAACAUCUUCUAACAAGUCUAUGUAAAACAACACUGUUGUUUUAAAAACUUAUACUUCUGGAUUUUUGGAAAUUGGUGGUCAAUAAAACAAUGGCUGCAUUUAGCACUGAGCCAUAUGGGGAUUCCCAAGUACGCCAGGGCUGUUCCAUUCACUAUCAAAGUUUAUCUUCUGUUGCAUUGGCUGAGGCAUGCUAUCCAAGAAAUAGAGGUUCCUAGUGGCACUGCUGUAUUUACCCAUUCAGAUGGACAACGGGUAAAGAAGGUUAACAGCAAAUGGGAUGGGUGUCUAGCUGAACACUGACAGUAUUGGGGAUUGUCAGAUUCAAACUUUGUGCUCAUUUGUAAUCUGGUUUCCCACAGAACAAGAAACCCAAGUGACUUCAUAACUGGCUUUUUGAUGCCAUAAACUUGCUUAACCAGAUGUUUAGUUUGUAAUGCAGUUUUCCACAUCUCCCAAAGUUAAAUUUGCUGAAAAAUUUAAGUUAUUGAUCACUUUGCAAAUGUUUCUUUACCCCAAAUUCACCCCAAGGGAUAACUGCUGUUCCCCUUUAAGCUUCUGUUGCUGAGGGAAGCUUCUGAGAAAUUAAGCAAAAUUCCUAGUGGAAUUUUUUAAAAAUGCCAUAGCCAUGGAUUCAAUUCUAAAUAGUAAUUAAACAAAUUCACAAGCAUUCCUGCUUCCAGUGAAAUAGUUUAGUAAAAAAAAAUUAUCACAUUGCGUUUGCAGAAUUAGCAUAGAAUCUAGAAACAAGCUGGUCUAGUUCCAGUCUAUAAUGAUGCUGGUUGCUAAACUAACAACAGCCUGGAUCUGUCCUCGUACGUUUCAGUGUUGCAUAAAUUAAUGUGAUUGGUGGUUAUGCCUGCAACACUGGAAAAAAAUGUUAUUUUAAUUAUUACCAGAGUCAGUAUUCUAGAUAUUCUGCCCUUCAGAUUAAUGCUGCACAAUGAAAGCUUCAACUAAUUUCAACCAUGUAGCUAAAGUAUUAUGAUGACCCUUAUCAGUUUCAGAUAUUUAUUGCAGUCAUAGACUGCCUCAGCUUAGUCUACAGUUUGCUAUAGGUUAAUCUCCAGGAUAUUGCCUUUAUAAUGUUGUAAUUAAUACUUUAGUGUUGAAACAUUAACCAACUUUAACAAUGAUAGAAAAUUCUGGACAUACCCAUCAGGGUCGGGGAGCGUUGGGGGAGGGAAACAAGAGUUAUUGAUUCACAUUGAUGACCUUCCGUUAGAACUAGAAAGAGUUUGUAAACAAGCAUGUUUUGAGUUACUGAGAGGAGGUUUUCUGACCUUCCCUACUUCUGAAUCAAUAACUCCUUCUCCCUCUACAAUUGCUCCCUAACUAAAUGAGUAGUUCCAGCAUUCCCUGGUUUUAUUUCAGAUUUCCAGCAACUGCAGAUUUUUUUUGCUUUUUGAACAAACUUUCACAUUUAUUUUGCCCUUGUUACAGUAAAAACAAGGCCCUCAAAUGGCAUUCUUUUGUAUGUAGUUUUAAGGGAGCUUCUAACUCAUGUUUUCAUGUGUUUAAAUCCUCAUUAGGACAGUAGACACAUGUCAUACAAAUAUUAAUACAGGUCCUCCUGGGAUACAGCAGGGUUCUGUUCCUGAGAACUGUUCAGGUUCCUAACAGUUCACAAGUCGGAAAUGCGGCCGGGCAAACAAAGUUCCCACGUGGUGAAGAUGCCUGCAGAGGUGGGUUGUCCCUUAGGAAUAGAUAGUCUAGAGAAGCAUUUUAACUCUCGCUUUACCAUUCUUAAUAAUAAAUUUAAUAUUAAUGAAUUUAGCCCCAGCCUAUCUCGGGCUAAUAAUAUCCUUUUAAAAGAUUUUACUGCAGAUGAGGUUUUAAAAGUUAUUGACAAUUUUAAAAAAUGACACUGUUGCUGGCCUGGAUGUUGUGUCUCUAGAUAGGAUUCGCAACAUGGACAUCAAUGUGUUGACUAGAAUGUAUUCUUCUUGGGUUCGAUGUGGCAAAAUUCCAGCCAGUGUCAAGAACAGUUACCUGCAGCCCCACCGCAGCCAGCAAAUCCAUCCCGUCAGUCUCCCAAAUGCUCAUUCAUAUGUAUGGGCUGUACUUAAGUCGGUCGGGCAUCGGCAAGCUGGGGAGGACCUGUAAUUGUACUUUGUAUCCUCAGGGACACUAAGUUUUGAAAUCACCUUCAAUGGACGAGAGAAGGAAAUGAAAUUUUAAAACAGAAUCAUACACAAUCUGUGCGAUGUAACUCACUAAACGUGAGUGGGUAAUCUGUAACUUAUGAUCUUGCUGUUCAUAAGAUACAAAUUCACUUGCAUGAAUUUUAAUGAAAACUGCAUUUUGUAAUUUAACAUGCAGGAUUCUAUAUAUCCUCAAAAGCAUUAAUAACCUAUUGACAACAAUGCCCAGGAUUAAAAUAUAACAGUAAUCAGAACUUAUUGACUCGAGGCACGCUGCUUCACUAUAAAUGUUACCUUUGGGAUAUGCACAAGGUUAAGAUCAGAGUUAAAUCUAAUUCUAUACAAAUAUUCAUUUCAGCUUUUUGAAUAUAUAUAUAUGUUCUAGUUUUAAUUCAUCAAAAUACAGGAUUAUUGCAUUAUUUAAUGUGAUAAGAUCAUAAGUACUAACUGGAAAUCUAGAUAGUGAAUGCAGUCAGUAUUUUUGCCGUAAGUGGUAUUUCCAAUCUGACAGAUUUGCUAACAAGAACCUGGAAUAAUCUUCUCCAUGUCUCCUGUCAAACCAUGAUUCAUAUCUGGUAGGAGAUGGUUUAUGAGCAAAACUAAAGGAUUCUGACUUUUAAAUGAAGCUAUAGAAAACUUUCAAUUAAUUAAUUUUAUGAAAGUAUUUGGUUUAAAAAUAAUUAAAUUGAUGUCACCAAGUUAAGCAAUAAUGCAUUUUGAUUAACAAGUGAAUUCAGACUUAUUUUCCUAUUUCCUAUGGAACUUGGUAAAUUAAGUGGUUGACUACAUGAAUGGUUGUCUUUUGAUUGGAUCUCCUGACUGGAUCAGAAUUAUCAGUUAUCUGUAUGUAUAUCAUCUGUAACUUUGUGUUCCAGUGAGCCACUUCAAAAUAGUUGAGGGGGGGGGGGGGGGUGGCGGCACAGUAGCAUAGCGGUUAGCAUGACGCUAUUACAUCGCCAGCGAUCGGGGUUCAAUUCCCAUCGCUGUCUGUAAGGAGUUUGUACAUUCUCCUGUGUCUGCGUGGGUUUCCUCCGGGUGCUCCGGUUUCCUCCCACAUUCCAAAGACGUACGGAUAGGUUAAUUUGGGUUUUAAAAAUGGGCAUCGCUGACUUGUUGGGCUGGAAGGGCCUGUUACCAAACUGUAAAUAAAAUUUAAAAUUUAAAAACAACUGGCUCAUCGUUAAAAGAUACAAGUAGUUUUAUAAGGUUAUUUCUGGAUUAAUUACUCAGUUAUUUUUGUAAAGUUCAGUAAUACACAAACUUCCAGACAACACACGGAAUAAAACUGUUCAUUCCUCCAUGUAAGGAAGGCAAAAUAUUGUUCUUAAAGUAUUACAUACUGAGCAGAAUUGCACCAUGUAGAAAUGUUUUUUUUUGAAUGGAGAAUACUGAACAAUGUAUUCUUUUUUAAAAAAAAAGUGCUGCUACAAGGCAUGUGCCUGGCACUAAUUACUGAUCAUAAUACAAAUGCAAUUAUUGAUGACAGACUGAUGGAAUUCUCUCUUGUGCUCUUUCUCCCUCUUUCACCCAUCACUGUCUCUUCCAGCAUUCAAAAAUAGGAAGGAACUUUAAGGUCCUGUGCUAUUUACAUUAGAGUCAUAGAGCAAUACAGCACGGAUACAGGCCCUUUGGCCCAACAAGUCUAUGCUGACCGUGGUGUCCACCCAGCUGGUCCCAUUUUCCUGCGCUCAGCCCAUAUCCCUCUAAGCCCCGCCCUCCAUGUACCUAUUCAAGUGCUUCUUAAAUGAUACUAUUGUACCUGCCUCAACACUUCCUCUGGCAGCUCAUUCCGUAUCCUCACCACCCUCUGUGUGAAAAAGUUGCCCCUCAGGUCUCUUUUGAAUCUUUCCCCUCUCAUCCUAAAUCUAUGUCCCCUAGUUUUGGACUCCCCUCCCUGGGGAAAAUACUGUUACCAUCCAUCUUAUCUAUGCUUCUCAUAUUUUUAAACACUUCUAUAAGAUCGCCCCUCAUUCUCUUAAGUUCCAAAGAAACCGGACCCAGCCUAUCCAGUCUCUUUGUAACUCAUGUGCUUCAUUCCAGGCAUUGUCUUGCAUUGAUGGGCAAAACUCAAUAAAUCACUAAUAACACUUCCAUAACUUUCUAGUAAGCUAUCCACUGUGUGCAACAGUGCAGUAGUUGCACAGAACUUAACAAUGUGCAUUCAUAUUCUUAUCAACUAUUUCAAAGGUGAUCAACAAAAAAGGUCAAGAUGAGUUUUAUACCACUGAAACUUGUUUAGAGGCAAGGAUACCUGGCUGAACACAAGAAAAAAUAGGCUGUAAUGGCUGAGAGUGGGGAAUUAAUUGGACCCAGAAUAUUUGGUCUUAAGGUGAUAGUAUGUUUUGAAAAAAAAUGUGAUCUGGACAGAUCAAUAAAGGUGCCAGAUUUUUGUGGGGCUUUGAAGUCAUUUGGGUUCUCAAAAUCCAGUAAUGAUUCAACCUCAAAAAUUUGCUACCUUUUUUUAAAAAAAGUGCAUGUAAUGUAAAAUUAGGAUUAGAUUUGAUUGUGAUGCCUUCCACACUUGAUUAACUUCCCACUGCCAGCUAGUAUUUAGGAAUGGCCACUGGGGGAGAUACCAGAGCUACAGGUGCCUAUUGAAUUGUGAUCCAUUGGAGCUGGUCAGGGACCAAUGAGAAAACAGGUUGUUAAGAGUGAAAUGUAACAUUAUAAGCUGAGACGCAGGAUAUAAUUGUAGUGAAUAUGUUGAGAAUGAGUAACAAAUGGAAAUAAAACAUUUUCAGACAUAGAGACUGCAGUAAUGAAAACAGAAAAAAACUAGAAAUACUCAGGCAGAAACUGAGGAAAGAGAAACGGACAUAAUGCAUCACUUUGAUUGCUUUCCACCAAAACUAUUUGUUUCUGGCAAGCCCAUCAAAUGACUAAGCAAAUAAAGAAAUUGUACUUGGGAGACACAAGAGACUGCAGCUGCUGUACUCUGGAGCAAAAAACAAACUGCUGCUGGAAUUCAGUGGGUCAGGCAGCAUCUGUGGAAGCAGAGGGAUGGUCGAUGUUUCAGGUCGAGACCCUGAGUUCCUCCAGUAUUUUGUUUUUUGAUCAAGAAAUUGUAUUUAUAUAGCCUGUUUCAUGUCCUGGCCUGCCAUAGUGCUUUGCAGUCACUCUGUUAUUACUAAAAUACAAUCACAGUUGCAUAGUAAGCAAAAACAUGAAAUUUGUGCAAAGAUCCCACAGGUAACUGGAGAUGAAUGACCAGUUUAUUUUUAGUGGUGUUGACUGAGGGAGGAAUGUUGCUCAGGACACCAAGAUAGCAACAUUUCAUUCCUUUAAAUACUCUGGUGAGAUUUUUUAUAUGAGCUGGCAGACAGGACAGAUUUGAUUUAACAGCACCCCAGACAAUGCACUGAAGUGACAGCCUGUGUUUAACCCCUAUGGUGAAAUUUGACUCGGAGAUGAAAGAGUUACCACUGAGCCCAGUAGAUAAUAUUAAUUGCACUGAUACAGAUAAGUAUUUUAAAUGGGUAUAUCAUAGUACACAAUAUGCUCUGCAGUCAACUUCUAGCACCGAUGUUGUCAAGCUUUGCAGCUUCUACAAUGGCAUGUAUAUUUUUAAGGAUUCUUUCCAGUGACGAAAUGUACUGAAGCAAGAGCACCCUCUGGUGUUUUAUAUACAUUCUGCAGGCACAAGUGUAAAAUAUGUUUUAACCAUUCCUUUUGGAUGGAUUCUUACACCUUGCAAAUGUGAUAUGUUUCCUAAUGGAAGUAUCUUAUAGUCCCUUUAUAUACUUUUUUUUUAACAGCCAUAUACAUUUCCUAACACCGAGAAAGACCAAUUGAAUUGUUGAGUCUAUGCCAGCUUUUUGCUGGAGCAUCAAAAUUAAUCUUCCUGUUUCCCCACAUCCUGUCUCUUCCCUUCUUUGCUAUUAAAAGAUGUUGUGGUUUCUUCCUCAAUCAUUCCCAGAACAAAGCAUUCCACAGUUAAACAUCCUGCACAAGGAAAUUUCUUUGCUGUGACAGGUCCUUGGAGUAGGUAUCAAAUUUGAGGCCUUGAUCUCAUUUAGAUCAGUAAACUAUUCCUUCGCAUCUUCACAGUCAUACAGCACAGAAACAGGCCCUUCAGCCCACCCUGUUCAUGCUGACCCAUUUAUACAAACCCCAAUCUUUGGCUGCAUAGCCUGUGAAAGUGAUACUUCCAUUAGGUGCACAUCCUAAGGUAUGAAUGUUUAGAGCCUUAACUUGCAUAGCAAAAAGAAUCUGUAAAAUCAAUGUGUGCUUUAGAGACUCAGUUGCAGGACCUUUCCAAAAUACUGCCAGCCCUGUCAUCACUGUUGAGGUAGCAAAAUGAUACUCAAAACUGCACACAGUAAUCUGAUAAUGACCUUGGUGUUGCCCUCUAUAAAUUUUCUGCAAUUAAUAGGACUCUAUAUGCAUCAAUGAAGUGCCAUUUAAGCUAUUAAAAUGUUAACCAUUUGAAUGUACAAUCAGAACCAUGGAAACUUAGCUUAAUUAAUGAUGUUUGUAUAGUGUUUCUGCCCAUAAAUGCCCCUAAACAACAGAGUAUUUGCUGUCGUGAGACUGUGCUUGGCUCUUGAGUUGAAGAUGUUUUUUGUUAAAAAGUGAAGAAAGAAUUAAUUAGUUAAAACUGAAACAAAUUAGUUUGUGUACAGUUAAUUGAUUUCAUACAGGGUACCGGUAGGUUUGGUAGAACUAGGCUAAAGACCUGUACCGCGGAGGGCAAGGCAUAAACCAAGGUUCUUGCUUCUAUUUGCUAACCAUGUUGUAAUAGGAGAAAUUCAGCUCAACAGCUCCAACAAAGUGAAAAAAGAUGCAAGUACAUUACAAGCGGAAAACUAGUUCAAGACAGCAAAGUUAAGUGAAAAUAACAAUGUAAAAUUGUCAGUGCCCAGCUAUUUUUGAUGAUGGUUGGAUUCAUAUUUAGGGAAAAAUAUUGAAAAUACAGGGAAGAUUGCAGGAGGCUGUGACUUUUCUGUUGGGUUAAAUUCUCAAAUUCAAAAAUUCUCAGCACUCAUAACUUCAAGUUCGUAAGUUCCUCUUCUGAGGAAAAGAAGGAAAGUUGUGAGCAAUUAUAAAACCACAGUGCACUUCGACUAUCAUUCAACAACUCAGCUACCAGCUUUGUGCACUUUAUUUUACGGAGAUAAAUAUAUUCCACAAUUACACUUUGACAGCGAAUUUUAGGGGAACAGUGCAAAAUGAUUUUAACAACUCAAUUUUAUCCUAUUUAUUGUUUUUAUAACACACUUCAAAGUUGCCUUUUCCCUUCCCAAGAACUUGGCUUUCCAAGUGUUGACAACAUUAGGUUGUUGAAAUGGAUAUUUCUGUACCAUUGUGGGAAAUCUGCUUGCUUCUGAACACUAAUGCUGUCCAUUCUACCCCCCCCCCCCAAAAAAAACACUUUUGUGGAUUUGUAGGCUCAUAAGCAUCAUUGCAUUUUUUGUUUAACAUGUGCCUCAAAAUAAUCACCAUAAGCAAAUACUCCACAAUGGUCAUUUCAACUAUUUAAAUGUGCCCAGGUGACCUGUAUCAGCCUCAGAUCAGUAUAACUGUCACUGUACCACUUGUGACACAAAUGAUGGACAACAACAAAAAUGUCCUACUUUUGAGCACAAACCAACUUUCAUCUCAACCUCUCCAGUCUACCGAUUCCAUUAGGCAUGUAACCACCAAGUAUUCUUCAGAGCUCAGAAACCUUUGAUGGAUCAACUGGGGAGGGCCCUAAUUGCUGCAUGUAAGAAAUCAGAAAUGUUUUUGAAGAUAUCCCAGGCCCCCUAUUUGUAGUUCAAAUGUUAUUUAUAUUCAUGCAUAUAAACCUCCUACAAAUCUUGGUCCAUUGGGCUAAAACACUAAUAUUCACAGAAGCAUACUGAUAACAACUGCUGCCAUCUUAUUCUGUAUGGCUAGAUGACCAGACAAAUGCACAUUAUUGUAGUGAGGUAUUAGAGACUUUACUUUGCACCUUGUCUUUGGCAUUCCUUCUCCAUCAGGUUCAUCUUGAUACACCUGCCCUCUCAAAAAAUACAUUUGUAAAUUGCUUAUUGAUUUUCACAGGUAAAAUAAUCAAGUUUGAAAUCACGUUUUUGGGCAGAAGCUUGUAAUUGAAAAUGUGCAUUUUCCGCUAAAAGUGCUUCUGUUAUUCUACUUUGCUCACUUAAGAUAUCAUGUGGUUUAACCUCUAAACUUGUACUCUGUGAUCUUUUACCCGGUCAACCACAUGGAUUGUCAGUCUGUUAACUGACAGUUGUUUUCAUUCUCCAGUUUUGUUAUGAUAAAUCAGUUCUUGCAGUUCAAGUAACUUUUCAAAUACAACUAAUUCUUUGCAGAAAUGUACAUGAGAUGGUGGCAGGAAUCCAUUUAAAAACUCUGAUCUAUUUAAAUGAGGAAAGGGGUGAUGACUGGACGGACUUGACUUUACUUUUGGAGGCUUUAUUUUCCAUCUUGUCUUUGACAUUUCUGACAUCUGAAGUUCUGAGUGGUACUGUAGUGAGUCUGGGACCAGGUUAGCUGCCCAAACUACUACUUGGCUCCAAAGCACUUCAGGAUGUACUGAGACUGUGAAGACCUGUUUCUGACAAGUUUUUGCUUUGAGAUCUGGAAUUUGGUGAUUAGAAAGUAGCAUUUGCAUUUCUUGAAAGGUGUGUUUAAAGUUUUAAGCCAGGAAGGUCAUUUAUUUAAGAGACCUACCCAUUUAUUAGAAUAGUAUUGUUACUACCUUGAUUAAUGGUAAUGUGAAAUGACUGCACAGUUGAUGUACAUUAAAUGUUCACAAUCCUGAUAAAACUUAAAUUUUUCAAAUUCAUGAGUAAGUUAUAUCUACAACCAAAAGUUGUGGCUGUGACCAUUUUACAAAUUAAAGCCAUAAACUAAGACUUAGAUCUACCAGUAUUAAUUAAUGAAGAAAAUAUACUUUAGACUAGAAAUUGUGGAAUCCAAAAUGUGUUCUUUACCCAAACUCAUUUAACCAGUCACAACAAAUUAGAAGUUUUAAUGCUGUAGACCUCAAAGUAAAAUUUCCACCAACAAUGUACAGUAGAUAGACAAUUGUUUUUAAUACUCUGCCAAUGUGAACAUAAAUUUAAAAAUAAACUGUGGAGGGUGGUGAAAUUUAAUGCUAAACAUUUAAAUUUUUAAAAAAUAGUUUAAAUUGCCUCAUCAUAUUUUGUUCCUUAAUGUAUGAUAUCACAUGGUUUUAUUUAUUUUAGGUGAAGUUUGUACAAAUAAUCCCCAUACUCAUUUUUUUGCCCCACCUAAUAGAGAUGGAGGAUAGUGUAAGAUUACAGUAGCAUACACAUGGAAAUUUGAUUAUUUAUUAGACCGACGUGGAGAUUUGACAUUCAAAACAAAUUCAGAAAAACCUGACUUGGAGUGGUUGAACCUUGAAUUUUUUUUUUAAAUUUGCACUAUUGGUCAAUAGAAAAAUACAGUAUUAUUAUAUCCAAUUCUACCAGAUUUCAAGAGUGUACUGUGAGCAGUGUGUUGCACUUAACUUUGUAUCCUAUUUCAUUGUCUGGUUAUUUAAAAGACAAACUUGGGUUGCUCCCAGCUAGUAAUUUCUGUGAAAGACUUCAGUUAAAUGUAUAACAAAGACAGGUUUUAAUUCUAUAGUUUUGCAAGAUAAAUAUGUAUAUACACAUCCAAACUGUCAGUGCUGCCCACAUCAUUUUCUUGGUCUGAGAGGGUGAUUCACCAGUUAGUCAGUGUAAAUGUCAUAUUUCUAAGGUCUAUAAAGAUGGUCCAAAUGCAUCUAAUUAUUGUAAAUAAUUUUUAAAGCACUUUUUUAAAAUAAAUUACUUUUUGUACUCCAGUACGUUUAAUGUAUAAAACUAGAUCAGUUGCAUACUUAAGAGAAUUAUACAAAGUACGUAAUUACACUGCCCACAGCACAACAAAUACUUGUAGACCUCCUCAUUGACUGGAUUAGACCAGCUUCUCAGUGCAGCUUGAAGCAAAACAGAAAAUGUCUAAUUGUGGCUUCUGUGAAAAUGUCUAGGGGAGCAUCUUUCUUUUCCUGUACAGUUUACAAGCAUUACAUGUAAUUUUGCUGUAAGUUACUUUCAGGUAACUUUGAAAUACUGUACACUGUAAUAUCAUUACUGUUAAAAUUAAUUUUUAUGCACUGUAUUUAAGUAACUUUUCACAUGUUCCUUUAUCUAGUUCCAAGGAAAUACAGGACAUCUUGUAUCUGUUUAACUAAACUUAAGAUUCUACAAAAACUCUAAUUAUAGAUUUAGUAGUAUCUGUUAAACUAAUGUAGCAAAACAUGCUUGAAAACAUUUUUCAGUUAAGCUUGUACUAAAAUUCAGCAAUGCCAACUAUGAAUGUGUAUUUACUAAUUUGUUGACAAAUCUACUGCCAUAUUAGUUAAAGUUCAGGUUAUUUUUCACUUAAGGGCACUUGUUAGUGUCAAUGUUAUGUCCAGAGGUUAACUGUAUCUACAUGUACAAAAAUAUGCAACAAAAAAUUGACCUACUGAAUUAUCAGCUAUUGAUGUUACUAUAAUAUUGUGGAAUUUAUAAAAGUAGCCAUGUUCUGUUUACUAUCUUUUUUAAAAAAAAAUACACUCCCCAAUCCCGCAAGUGGUCUUUUACCUCCUUCAGUUGAACAUGUAGGUCAGCCAGCAGCAGGUUUCUAUAAUGAUGAUGCCUAUGCUUCUUUCUACUCGACCAUCAGGUGUACUUUUUUACUUUUUUGGGGUCAGGGGAGGGGGUGGGGGGUGGGGGUGGGGGUGGGCACGGUAUGGAUGGCCGAAAUAGUAUGGAUGGCCUGUAGCAGUUUAAUUCCCCUCUGUUAAUGUAACUGCAAGGCAGUGCACCCGAUAGUUGAGAAUGAGAACUGAAGGUGGUCAUCAGAAGCUUGGCUGUGGAUUUGACUGCAAGCUGAGCACUUGAAUUUAAACAGGAUAUGUUGAAAAUCAAAGAUCAAAACCACAGAACUGUAAACCAAGCAUCUGACACUACAGGAACAGGAUCAGUGUUCAUCAUGCAGUGCAUGAUGGCACAUUAAUGGAGUAAAAUACCCUUCCAUACAUUGUCCUAGGAAAGUGACUGGAAAUAAAAGGAAAAGGGAAAAGUUUAAAAAAAAAAUUGGUUUAUCUGUAUCCUGUGCUUGUGUAUCCCAUCCUUUGUUCUGUGUCCAUACAUAUGCUUCCAUAUGUAUAUAAUUUGUAGUUAAUGGUCUGGAUUAGUGCCUUUUGACAGUAGACUGUUAUAGAACCCAAUUUAUAGUUUUUGUAUAUUUUCAUUAAUUGAAUUUUUGGUUAGCUCAAAUUUUCUUUAUCCCAAUAAAGCAAUAAGUAUGUUCAAAUAGACUUGCUCCUUUUCUUUGGAAAAACCUAAAAUUCUGAAUUAUGUAUAUAUUGUCAUUAAUUCUCUGACUUUAUCAAAAUUAGAAUGUUUGUUUCCAUAUGUACCUUAUUUUGAUAUAAUGGAUGAUUUAGAAUAAUUUUUAAGGGACAAACAGAAAUAUGCUUUAUGUCUGAAUAUAGUUAAAU